AUCGAAUAGACGGCGAUAGGUCCGUCAGCUGUUAUUGCGAUAGCAAAACAGAAGGAAAAAACAAAAACGAAGAGGAAAGAGAGGAUGAGCUCACUGCAGACAUAAGAAUAACCAUGGCCGACACCUGCGCGUCUGACUACGAUAGCUUUGUGGUCUACGACUGCGACAUCGGCACGGACGAUGCCUGGGGCCUGGCAAUGCUUCUGCGCGCAGAGGGCCUCCGCAUCGCUGGGAGGAAGAGCUUCAAGGUGGCAGCCGUCACCUGUGUCCAGGGCAACACCAGUGUAGAGAAUGGCACAUUGAACGCCUUCCGAGUGCUCUCCACAUUGGAAAGGCUGGAUGUGCCCGUCUUUGAGGGGUGCGCCGAUCCGAUUGUGCCACGCACUUGGGUAAUUAAAUCCCACUUCCAUGGCCUGGAUGGCUUCAGCGAUGUGGGCGACUAUCCAACCGUGAAUGCUGACGAUCUACGGUCGGAGGAGCAUGCGGUGAAUGCCAUGUAUCGCCUGGCCUGCCAGCACCCGGGAAAAGUGGACUUUCUGCUGUGUGGCCCACUCACAAACUUCGCCUGCUGCAUUAAUUUAUAUGGCGAUAAGUUUCUGGACAAGCUGGGCGGCGUCUAUAUCAUGGGCGGCAACAUCCUGGGCAAGGGAAACGUCACCAAGAGCGCGGAGUUCAACUUCAUGAUGGACCAAGAGGCAGCGCACAUAGUCCUCGAGCGUCUGAAGCAACCCGCUUUGAUCUUGCCAUGGGAGCCCUGCAUCGAUGGCGAAUACGGGUUGACUCUGGGCUGGCGACUCAAUGUCCUGGGCGCGGUCAAGCAUCCGUUUGUUGAGCUCCUCACCCGCGUGGAGAGAGCCAUGCUAGUGCCGCGAGGCUUCGAGAAGUGGGUCAGCUGCGAUGCCCUGCUCACGGCCGCCUAUCUCUUCCCUCAGCAGAUGAUCGCCGAUGAGCGCGAGUACUAUGCCACCGUGGAGCUGUGCGGCGUCCAUACCCGGGGUCAAAUGGUGCUAGAUCAUCUGAGGGGCAGAUUUGUAGAUGCCAUCCAUGGCAAGACGAAGAAUGUUCGCGUGAUCCGGCGUCUCAAUGCAGAGCCCUUCCGCACAAUCAUUUCCUAUACGGGUUUCCUGCCCCAAGCGGACAUUGAUAUGGAAAAAUUGUGUAGGGAUGAGCAGCAGCAAUCCUAGAAAGGGAAUCCCCGUCCAAAGACAAAACUCGUGAAAUAAUUAACUACCAAAAAGAUUUGAAUCCUUGUUUUGAAUCUAUGUGUGUAUGUUUGCAUCAGUAAAUAAAUUGAAGGGGAAAGCUGAAAAAGCAUCAGGUCAAGGAAACAAAAAAGCAUGGAAGAGGAAGCCUGUAGGUCUACACCUUGGUGGAAUUGAUAUCUGAUGCACACGGCUAAAUUCGUGAAAAAUCGUCCCAAUAGUUCGAGUUUUCACUUAAUCCAGUGGCCCAGAUCUAAAUACCAUUGCAAAUCGUUGGGCUCUGCUUAAAAAAAAAAAUUGGAAAAGUACGAGUCUGAACCAAAGGGAUUGGAUGACCCCUUUGCACCUACUAAAUUUAGUCGGGAGUAUGCCGAAACUUAUUCGGAAUGUGAUAAAAACUCAGUCCCUUUGGAACCAAUAUUUUAAAAAAAUUAUUAAAGUAAAUAAAUUUUAAACUUGCAAGAGUGGA